GCCAUCCACAAGCACCAGUAGCGAAGUUGGGCAGAAAGUAGUAUCGACGAUUUUGCGAAAUCCUCGUUUCACCAGUCAUGGGAGACCUCAACAUUGCGCUGCUUGUCGUAGCAAUCGUUGUAUCAUUGCUCUCCAUCGCCGUCAGUAUCUAUCUCCUUGUUAACUACCAACAUCCGGAUGACUCAAACCAAGCCUACUUCCCAAAACUUGUCGUGGUCAUUGGUCUUACGCUUGCGCAACUUUCAGUUCUCAUGCUUCCUGCGGACGUUUCGAACAGGCAAAGCUGCAUUAAUGGCUUUGUGAACGGAGAUUGCUCUGAGACUCUGCCCAUGAGAACUUUGUGGUACAUCCUUUGGAUUGCAAUAUGUGUCAUGGUCUUCGUCAUCAUCCCAUUCUCCAUUUUCUUGUACGAGGACGAUGAAGAAAAGGGUACCGGAAAACGGGUAUUGCACGCGCUCUUGUGGUGUCUGCUGUCAGUGUUUGUUUUCGGGGGCCUCCUUGGGGUUCUUUACGGAUUUGUUGGUUACGUAGAGUAUCCUGUGAAGAGGCUGGUCUCUGCGACUAUCCCUAUGACAAAAGACUUUAGCGCGCUUAGUAGUCAGGCUUCUUGUGUUUCCUUGUAUAAUACUGGUCUGGGUGCGUGUUCUUCAUAUUCUUCUCCUCAAGGAUCCAAGACCACAUGGACACUGAGGGUCUCGUUUCCGAAGUACAUUAUUGCGUUAUUUACGAUACUGGGGUCUCUCCUAUUCUCUAUUUUUGGUGGCGUUGGCAUAGCCACCUUGCCACUUUCAUCAAUUCUUUCCUUUCUGAGGCGGCCAAGGGCUACAAUAAGCCGUUCUGAAUACAUUAAGGAAGCCACGGCUAUUGGGAAGAAGGCCAAGGAGAUACAUGAACUAGCUGUCACUCUCCAGCAGGAGGAGAGAAGUGGCAGCAAAACUUGGGCAUGGAGGCGGAAUGCAAAGAAGCUGCAGCAGGUAAGGUUGCGAUGUCAGAAGUGCCCGAGUCCUUGAACUGAUGAUGUUUCUGAAACAGGCGCUUUUCCAUUUGGAAGAGGAGGAAGCUGAGCUCCGAGAAAGAUUUCCCCAAGGAGAUGAAGCAGAGAUGUUCUGGGCUAUGACAGUAUUUGUUUACAUUGGGAAACUUAUAUUUGGAAUCAUCGGGCUUGGCAUUUCUGUGGCUUGGAUUGUGCAUAUUAUCAUUUAUAUGCUCAUACAGCCUCCAGCAUCGGCUUUCCUCAACAGUUUUUUCAUAAUGCUUGAUCGAUGGUGGGGACUGCUGGGAACAGGAGCAUUUUCUGUCUUCUGCUUUUACCUCUUCCUAGCUGUAAUGUCCGGAGAGAUGUAUCUUGGUCUCAACAUUCUACUCCUGUCGAUUCAUCCUAUGAGGUGGAAUGCUACCCUUAUGAGCUCUUUCUUGUUUAAUGUGGCCCUCAUACUUUGCUGCGCAACGAGCGCAAUACAAUUUUGUGCAAAAGCCUUUGCUGCCUAUGCACAAGAAACAGCCGUGCAGGAGAUAUUUGGUCAUACUCUAGAAAACCUGCAAGGGAUACGCUACUUAUACGUGUUUAACUUGUUCCAGUACAUCUUCAUUGUCAUGUUUGCUGUGACAUUCAUAUACUUCUUGGCUGUGGAGCGGAAGAGAUUGAAGAGGAAGGGAAAGAAGCGAGCCCCUUCUUCCACAUGAAGCUGGUGUGGUAGUCGAGUCUCCAGCUGCAGAUAUAUAUACUUGAUCCUUAUACAGCAUGAUUAUGAUGCCUGUAAGAUAACUCAAUUGAGCCAUCCGCCACAUACCGUAAUCCCCCGUAUAUAACACCCUACG